CAUCACUGUUGAUUUUCUUGUUAUUGUUAGACUGUUUUUCAAGUCUAUUAAAUUUUUUUAUUAAUUUUAAUUUUGAUAUUUUGAUCCAAUUUUCACGGUUGUGAUUAUUUGUUAAAUUUAUAUACUUAUUUUUGUGCAAAUUGUAAAUUAAAUUUUCUAAUAAUGUCCGAUUCUCAACGCGUUAGUCCUUUUAAAAACUUUGUUGCUGGUGGUUUUGGUGGUGUCUGUUUGGUCUUUGCUGGUCAUCCUCUUGACACCGUAAAAGUGCGACUUCAGACUAUGCCAAAACCAGCUCCAGGCCAAUCUCCAAUGUACAAAGGAACAUUUGAUUGUGCAAAACAAAUUGUGACUAAAGAAGGUUUCACUGGUCUUUAUCGUGGUAUGGUUGCUCCGAUUGCUGGUGUAGCUCCUAUGUAUGCAGUGUGUUUUUUUGGCUUUGGAGUCGGUAAGAAGUUGCAACAAUCACAUCCCGAUGCAGAGUUGACAUUACCACAGUUAUUUAAUGCCGGAAUGUUGUCUGGUGUUUUUACCACUGGAAUCAUGGCUCCAGGAGAAAGGAUAAAAUGUUUAUUACAAGUUCAAGCUGCUAAUCCGAAUGCUGCUCAACAAUUUAAGGGACCAAUUGAUUGUGCCAAAACAUUAUAUCGUCAAGGAGGUAUUAGGAGCAUUUAUAAAGGAACAGCAGCUACAUUAUUGAGAGACAUACCUGCUAGUGGUGCCUAUUUUAUGAGUUAUGAGUGGAUUCAACGUGUUUUAACACCAGAAGGUAAAUCUAGAAGUGAUUUAAGUGCCGGUCGAACUAUUAUUGCUGGUGGAAUGGCUGGUAUUUUCAAUUGGAUGGUCGCAAUACCAGCUGACGUUCUUAAAUCACGCCUGCAAACAGCUCCAGAAGGUACCUAUCCUAAUGGUAUCAGGGAUGUUUUUAAGCAAUUGAUGAGAGAAGAUGGUGUUAAAGCACUUUACCGAGGUGCCACUCCAGUUUUCCUUCGAGCUUUCCCGGCAAACGCUGCAUGUUUCCUUGGUUAUGAACUUGCAAUGAAAUUUCUCAAUUACUUAGCUCCUGAUUUAUAAAAAAAACAUUCAACGAAAUGCAAUAUUUACUGACACUUUUGAAAAAAGUUGAUUAGCUCUAUUAAUUAAUAAAAUUGAACAAUUUUUGAUCAUUGUUAA